AUGAGACGCCUCCUGUCCGUUCCCCUCUUCCUGUCCGUCUCCUCGGCCCUGUGGCCAAUCCCCAAAUCAUACGAGCACGGAGACACAGUACUGUGGAUAGCGAAGAACGUGACGUUCUACUGGUAUCAAGCUGGCGCAAGAAAUGUAGACUACCACCCCGAGCAAGCUCCGUUUCUGUUUGCUGCAAACUCUAACACAGAUGUUCAUCCACAGGACAGCGGCGGGCACGAUCUGAGCCUGCACACGCGUUACACCCAACCUUUCGACGACUACCAUCCUGAGAGGGGUGCAGAGGGGGUCAAGGGAGGCGACAUCGUUGACUACGCCAUUCGGGCGGCUUGGAAGACCAUCUUCAAGCAGGGUUUCUACCCAUGGAAAUUCCAUGCACGGAACUGGGAAGAGCCGGCGCCAGGGAAGAAGGCAAGAUAUAUCGACCAUGUCGAUAUUCGUUUGCUCGCCUCGGAGCCAUCAGACGUUGCAAAGGCGCUAGCGGGAGAAGUCGACGAAUCGUACACGCUGUCUCUUACAGACGCUGGCGUUGCGAGCAUUGCCGCGAACAGCAGUGUGGGCAUCGCGCGAGGCCUGACGACCUUCACACAGCUGUUCUUCCAGCACUCGGACGGAAAACAAAUCUACACGCCUCUCGCCCCGGUCACCAUCUACGACGAACCGCAAUUUGAGCAUCGUGGCAUCAACCUAGAUGUGUCGAGGACCUUCAUCCCUGUGCCAGACAUCAAGAGGCAGAUUGAUGCCGCCGCCUACACGAAGAUGAACCGUCUGCACCUCCACGCCACCGACUCGCAGUCCUGGCCUCUUGAAAUCCCCUCUCUGCCGGACCUGGCGCGCAAGGGCGCGUAUCGUCCAGAGUACAUCUACAGCGCCGCCGACUUUGCAGACCUGCAGCGCUACGCAGCACUGCAAGGCGUGCAACUCGUCACCGAAAUCGACAUGCCAGGCCACACAUCGAGCAUCUGGUACUCAGCCCCGGACCUCAUCGCCGCAUACAACCAGCAGCCAGACUGGGACACGUACGCGGCCGAGCCGCCGUCGGGCACGCUGAAGCUCAACUCCACCGCCGUCGACACGUUCCUCGACACCCUGUUCGCAGACCUGAUGCCCCGCGUCGCCCCGUACACGGGCUACUUCCACACCGGCGGCGACGAAGUCAACCUGAACGCGUACCGGCUCGACUCGAGCGUCCACUCGUCGGACCCAGCGGUGCUGCAGCCGCUGAUGCAAGCGUUUGUGGACAGGAACCACGAGCGAGUGCGCGCCCAAGGCCUGGCGCCGAUCGUGUGGGAGGAGAUGCUGCUAACGUGGAACCUGACGCUGGGUCGCGACGUGAUCGUGCAGAGCUGGCAGAGCGACGAGGCCGUGCUGUCCAUUGUGGAAGCCGGCCACAAGGCCCUCGUCGGUAACUACAAGUACUGGUACCUCGACUGCGGCAAGGGCCAGUGGCUUGAUUUCGCGCCGGGCGAGCCGUCGAGCGACGCUUGGCCGUAUCUGGAUUACUGCGCUCCGUUGCACAACUGGCGGCUCGUGUACUCCAAGGAUCCCUACGAGGGCGUGCCAGAGCACCUGCACCACCUUGUCAUCGGCGGCGAGGCGCACAUGUGGGGCGAGCAGACGGAUGCGGUGAAUCUGGAUCAGAUGCUUUGGCCGAGGGCGGCGGCGGCGGCGGAGGUGCUGUGGAGUGGGAGCAAGGACGGAGCGGGGCAGAACAGGAGUCAGAUCGAGGCGAGUCCGCGGUUGAGCGACUUGAGGGAGCGGUUGGUGGCCAAGGGGGUCAAGUCUGAGCCGGUCAGGAUGCCGUAUUGCGAGAUGGAGAGUGAUGGGAACAGGAGUCCGCAGUGUCAGCUGGGGCUGACUUGA